AUGCUUGCUCCCCUAUUCGCCGCGUUCCUGGCUGGCGCUGCCGCCUCGCCCGUGAGUCAAGUCGUCCAAGAGCGGCAGUCUUCCAUUCCCGUCGGUACCAUCAUCACGGCCUGUACUGUACCCGGGACCUUUGCCUUGACCUUUGACGACGGUCCAUUCGCCUACACGGCUGAGCUGCUAGACCUGCUUUCUAGCAAUGGUGUCAAGGCUACAUUCUUCCUCAACGGACAGAACUGGGGUUCUAUCUAUGAUUAUACUGCUCAGGUUGUGAGGAUGGACGCGGAGGGACACCAAGUCGGCUCACACACAUGGGCACAUGCUGAUCUGGCAACCCUCGAUGCCGCCGGCAUCACUUCGCAAAUGACACAGCUUGAGGAUGCUUUGUAUACCAUCCUUGGCAAGGCUCCAACCUACAUGCGUCCUCCUUACUUUAGCACAAACGAUCUUGCCCUCUCAACCCUCGGCAGUCUCGGAUACCACGUCAUCAAUGCCAACAUUGAUACUCUUGACUAUGAGCAUGACGAUGACACCAUUGGUGUUGCAGCGACCAACUUUGAAAACGGACUCGCCGCUGGCGGCACCAUCAGCCUGAUGCACGAUGUUCACGCACAGACCGUGCAUGUGCUGGUCCAGGAAGCCAUCAACGAUAUCAAGGCCAAGGGUCUCACUUCCGUCACCGUUGGAACGUGCUUGGGCGAUGCCGCUGCCAACUGGUACAAGACCGGCACCGGCAGCGGCGGAGGCGAUACCACACCCCCGGCCACCGGCGGUCCCAGCCCGGACGAUACUUGCGGAGCUUCGAACAGUGGAUAUGUCUGCCAGAACUCACAGUGCUGCUCGCAGUGGGGAUGGUGUGGUACCACCUCCGAGUACUGUGGCACCGGAUGCCAGUCCGCUUACGGUCUUUGCAGCUAA